GAAUACACCAAGUCGGCUCGGAUUUACCAGCAACGAGUGCCGGCUCUGGCCCUGGCUGCAGCCAUGCCUCUUUUGGAAGAGACCACCGUGCCCCAAGAGCAUCCACCCACCCUGCCUGUGGUCAUCAUAGGCAAUGGGCCAUCAGGUAUUUGUCUAUCCUACUUGCUGAGUGGAUACAAGCCCUACUUAGACACGGGAACUGUCCACCCAAACCCGAUACUGUACCGGAAACUGCAGGAGACCAAGCACCUACCCAUCACUGAACAGGAUCUGGAAUAUUUGAGCGAGGGUCUGGAGGGGCGGUCCAGGAACCCUGUAGCAGUGCUGUUCGACACACUACUGCAUCCCAAUGCUGAUUUUGGCUACGAGUUCCCCCCUGUCCUACAGUGGAGGAGGGACAAGCAGCAGCACAUCCCACAUCUUGUGCUGGGUAGAGCAACACCUGGAGGUGCCUGGCAUGCAAUGCAAGGCUCCAUGCUCACUAUUAGCCUUGGCAUCUGGAUGGAGCUUCCUGGGGUUAACUACAGGGACAUGACCAAAGGCAAACGCAGGGAUGUAACCAGUGACAGAGCCACCCCAGAGGAGAUUUCAUCCUAUUAUCGUAACUAUGUGAAGCUUAUGGGUCUCCAAAAGAACUUUGCUGACAACACCUAUGUGACCUCCAUUCAGAAACUCUACCGGGGGCAUGAGGGUGAGGGAUUGGAGAAUGGGCACAACGAUCAAGGAGAUGGAGGGGUGGGAGAGGAGGGAAAUGUCGUUAAAUGUGAAGACAGUGGAGGAGGGGGGGCUCUCUGGGAGGUAAGGGGAUAUCAACAGGUGCAGAACGACACCCAUGUCCCCUUCUCUUUGUUUGCAGAGAAUGUAGUUCUGGCCACCGGUGCGUCUGAUGCACCGGCUCGACUAGGUGUAGAGGGGGAGGAUCUACCAUUUGUUUUCCAUAGCAUCUCAGACCUGGGAUUGGCUGUGAGCCGGCAAAAACUGGAUCCGAACUCUGAUCCAGUUUUAAUCGUAGGUGCCGGUUUAAGUGCUGCAGAUGCAGUUCUGUGUGCUUGCAACAGCAACAUUUCCGUGCUGCAUGUGUUUCGCAAAAACCUAGAUGACCCUGACCUCAUCUUCAAACAGCUGCCCAAGACCCUGUACCCUGAAUACCACAAAGUCUAUAACAUGAUGUGCUCUCAUACCCACACAAACGUGGCUCCCUGCUCAGCUUCUAACAGACCCCAGGCAGUCAGUAUUGCUUCCUCAGUCUGUGCCAAGAUGUGCUCAAAGCCUCAACAUGCCACAGCUAACAUGGCCUCUAAUGGUGGUCCCACGCUGUUCCCUGACUACACCAGUUUCCCUGAACACUGUGUAGUGUCGUUCCAGUCUGACAUGAAGUGUCUUCUGCAGGGGAACAACUCCCUCAAGGCAUUCAAGAUCUCCAUGGCCCUGGUACUGAUCGGGACCAACCCUAAUUUAUUUUUUCUGAAGGAUCAGGGCCAGUACCUGGGUCUAGAUCCAGAAAAGCCCAUCUCCUGCAAGCAGAAUCCCAUUGACAUCCACCCCUACACAUUUGAGUGCACCAAGGAACCAGGUUUGUUUGCCAUGGGCCCAUUGGUGGGAGACAACUUUGUUCGCUUUUUGAAGGGUGGCGCUUUAGGCAUUGCCUCCUGUCUGCUGAAGAGACUCAAGAAGAAAGGGAAGCUCAUCACUAACGGAGGCAAUAACUUCAUUUGAAAAAAGAUGAAGUGAUGAAGAGGAAAAAAAGGAGUUCAUGUCAGCUGCCGUAUUAUGUUGGCUGGAGAACAUGCAUUUCAAGAGCUUUUACCAAUAGAUAUAGAAGGUAAAUGAGUAAAAAGUUUUUAAUCUUUUCA